AUGGUCGACACGGGGAGCUCGGCCGAUAUACUCUACUUCGACGCCUUCCAGAAGCUAGGCUUGGCCAGGGAGAACCUAAGCUCAAUGUGCUCAGCGCUCACCGGGUUCACGGGAGAUUCAAUAUCACCCCUGGGGGCUAUUACUCUAGCCUUGACUCUGGGGACCCCACCAAGGUCGAAGACGGUGAUGACCACUUUCCUGGUCGUCGACCUCCCCACUGCUUACAACGCCAUACUCGGUCGACCGACCCUCAACAAGGCCAGAGUCGUCAUCUCAACCUACUACCAAACCAUGAAGUUCCCGACUCAUGCUGGAGUCGGAGAAGUUACGGGAAGCCCCCGAGAAUCCAGGUGGUGCUACCUGACCGUCGUUUCUUUGCACAAGAGGGCCAGGACCGAACCACCACUGGAAGAUCCGCGGGAAGCAAAAAAGACGGCCCCCCAUCCCGAGCCGAGCGGGUCCACCAUUGACAUUCCUUUGCAAAUCGCUCGGCCAGACCAGACGGUCAAGAUCGGAUCAGAACUGCCCGAGCGGGAACAGGAGCAGCUCGUUGGUCUCCUGCGGGAAAAUGCCGAUGCCUUCGCCUGGUCCCUAUCAGACAUGACGGGCGUCGACCCAGAGGUCGUAGAGCAUCACCUCAACAUCCCACCUGACGCUCGCCCCGUGAAGCAAAAACCCAGGCGCCAGGCCCCUGACCGACAACGCGCCAUACAAGAGGAGGUGGGCCGACUCUUAGCAGCAGGCUUCGUAGAAGAAGUCAAAUAUCCACAAUGGCUGUCCAAUGUAGUCCUCGUGAAAAAACACAAUGGAAGCUGGAGGAUGUGCGUUGACUACACCAGCCUCAACGAUGCAUGCCCUAAAGACUGCUACCCCCUCCCAAAAAUCGACCAACUGGUCGAUGCCACAGCCGGGCAUGCGCGCCUCUCUUUUAUGGACGCCUAUUCGGGAUACAACCAGAUCAGGAUGGCGCCCGAAGACAGAGAACAUACCGCUUUCCUCACCGACCAAGGGGCAUACUUCUACAAAGUCAUGCCAUUCGAGCUGAAAAACGCUGGGGCCAUGUACCAAAGGACGGUGAACAAGAUGUUCGCCCAUCAGAUCGGGAGGAACAUGGAAGUCUACAUGGACGAUAUGAUUGUGAAAAGCCAAAGAGUCGGAACGCACCUUGCCGACCUGGCCGAGGCGUUCGCCACACUGCGCAAGUUCGGCAUGCUGCUCAACCCCACAAAAUGCGCUUUCGGCGUGGCCUCCGGCAAAUUCCUUGGAGGAAUUGACGUCAAUCCCGAGAAGGUGCAGGCGAUAAUCAACAUGCAGCCCCCCCGGACGAUGAAAGACCUGCAGCAACUUAACGGAAGUCUUGUCGCCCUGUCUCGUUUUCUCGCUCGAUCGGGCGAUCGUUGCCUCCCAUUCUUCAAGGCGCUCAAAAACUCGAAGAACUUCCGAUGGACAUUAGAAUGCGAGGAGGCUUUCAAGCAAGUAAAGCGACACUUGGCCAGCCUCCCCCGGCUCGCCUCUGUCUCCCCCGGCGAGAAGCUGGGUCUCUAUUUGGUGGCCUCACCGCACGCAGUCAGCUCUGUCCUAAUCAAGGAAAGCUCCGGCCAACAACUCUCGGUCUACUACAUCAGCCACGUCCUGGGUGGACCCGAGGAGCGUUACCCACCGAUAGAAAAGCUCGCGCUCGCCCUGGUGCUCUCGGCUCGGAAGUUGCGCCCCUACUUCCAGGCUCACACGGUGGAGGUCAUCACCGACCAACCGCUUCGGCAGGUCUUAACCAAAUUUGAUGUUGCAGGACGGCUCCUCAAAUGGGCGGUAGAGCUCGGCGAGCAUGACAUAAGAUACGUGCCCAGGACCGCCGUCAAGGCCCAGGCGGUAGCUGACUUCAUCACGGAGUUAACUCAGACAGGGGACAGAGGUCUCGAGCAAACCCCCGAAGCUUGGACCCUACACGUGGACGGCUCGGACAACUCAAGGGGUGACGGCGCGGGACUGGUUCUCCUCGCCCCUGACGGACACUCAUUUGAGCGCUCCCUCCGCUUCGGGUUUAAAGCAACUAACAACGAGGCGGAGUACGAGGCACUCCUAGCAGGACUAAGGCUGGCCCUCGAGAUGCAGGUGGCCGCAAUACGCGUCCUCACCGACUCGCAGCUCGUGGCCGAACAGCUCAGCGGAGGAUACGAAGCUCGGGACGCAACCAUGGCGAAAUACCUGGCGCGGGUAAGGGACCUAACCGACAAGUUCCCUUACUUCACGUUGUCUAAUAUUCCGAGGGAGGAGAACGAGCGGGCCGACGCGCUAGCUAAGCUGGCGUCAAAGCCAACCUCCGAAGCAUGGCCGGAGGUUGAGGAGCUUCCUAAUCGCGCCAUUGAAGUGGCGGCUACGACCCCAGGCAGUGCACCGAUCAUGUGGGUACAAGAGCUGCUGCGCUUCAAGCGGGAUGGAACCCUUCCCCUCGACGAGGCCGCUGCUCGGCGCCUGCGCCGUACGCACGCGUGGUACACCAAGGAGAGCGGUCGGCUCUACAGACGAUCCUUUACCUAUCCCCUCCUGUGGUGCUUGGAGCCUGACAAAGCCCAGACGGUCCUGGCCGAAACCCAAGAGGGGGUUUGCGGCGAACACAUAGGCGGGCGGACCUUGGCACACAAAACACUCCGCCAAGGCUACUACUGGCCGACCAUGUGCCGGGACGCGAAAGCUUACGUACAGCGGUGCGGUUCGUGCCAGCAACAUGCCCGCGCGCCCCGACAGCCCGCGGUACCGCUCAGCCCGAUCGAUUGCGUGUGGCCGUUCGGGCAGUGGGGCUUGGACCUACUCGGGCCCUUCCCACCGGCUUCGGGGCAGCGUAAGUACAUAAUCGUAGGAGUAGACUACUUCACGAAGUGGGUCGAGGCCGAGCCGCUGGCAACAAUCACGGAACGUCAGGUGGAAAAGUUCGUGUGGAAAAACCUAGUGACCCGUUUCGGGUUGCCCAAGACCAUUAUUACAGACAACGGACCUCAGUUCGCCGGCGGAAGAUUUUGGGAAUUCUGUGCCGGUCACAGCAUCCAACUAAGGUUCAGUUCGGUGGCCCACCCUCAGACGAAUGGGCUGGCGGAGGUGACCAACUGA